GAAGCGGCAGCGGGCGCUGGAGCCCUGACCCCAGUUUCCCAUGGGGGGAAGCGGCAGCGGGCGCUGGAGCUCUGACCCCAGUUUCCCACAGCAGGAAGCAGCAGCGGGCACUUGGGCACCCGGACGCCGCUUUUACCUUCUUGCUCGUGCUUUUUUCUGCACGUUUUUUAACUCGAGCCGAAGGUGUUCAAAAGGGCAGAGAAAUCAGCCCCACGCACCGCGUGCUGUGGCAACAACCUCACCCCAAAGGAGGGAACCACAGGUGACUCCUUUGCUCCAAGACCUGGAAAAACAACCCAGGAAGGAUCACAAAGAACAACAACCACCCCCACCCCCUCGCUGAAGCGUAACUGAAAAAUACAGCAACAAGCGUAUUUUUUUGCAACAGCCCCACUUAAAAAAUCCUGGUAAUGAUUCAUAAUGACCCAUCCAACCAAAAGCAGCAGCGGGGCUGACCCAGCCGUCAGCCUCAGCGUCCUGCUCGCGAGCUUAAAAGCGCCGGGAGGAGAAGAGUUGAGCCACAACCAGCUCGGAGCAGAAGCGGACCCGGCUGCCGGAGGAGGGUUCUCUGUGCAGACACGGAGCCGAUGCGGACGGGCCGGUGGCUGCUGCUCGCCGUGCUGGUGCUUGCCGCGCUGCUCCCAGCGGGGCGGCCGAUGGGCCCCCGGGACCCGGGGGACACGUCCAGGUGGCGGCUGAACGAGCCCCAGAGCGCCCGGAGCUCCAAGCGCCACUCGGAAGGGACCUUCAGCAGUGACUUCACCCGCCGCCUGGACAGGAUGAGGGCCAAGGAGUUCGUGCACUGGCUCAUCGACGCCGAUCACUACAGCAGCUCCGCGAAGAGGUUCCUGAAGGACUCGCCCCGCAGCGUCCGCCUCCCGCUGCUCCUCUGAGUCACCCCAAGGGCCAAGGUACAAUUGGAUGGCAAAUGGAGGCAGCAGCUCCCAGCAGCAUCGCGUUGGCCCCUGUGCGGGCGGGACGGACCGUCACCCGCGUCCACCCCCCGGGGCUCCCUGCUCACCCCAAAACCGCCAUUCCAAAAUUCCCCAGAGCCCCGGGUUCUCCGGCUCCGUUUGCUCUGUAGCCGCAGAACCGCAAUCCCCGAAUUGACAAUAAAACCUUUGGUGAAUGCA